AACCAAAAAGAGUAGGAAAUGUAAAAAUAGAACGUAGCCUUCAUCUAACUACGUGGACUGUACCAAUAUCAAGUCCUCCAUCGUUGGGAGAUGAAAGAGUUCCCGGAUCUGAUAUAGUCAUACCCCUUGGUAUGGGUCUACUGUUUUUAAGUGGUCUUUGUACAUUAUAUGUGAUCUUUCGAACUGUAUCUCGAUGGAAAACAACUCAAAGAUCUUUACCAAUGGCGUUGAGAGUGCCUUUUUAUAUUGCUUUGUCAGGCAGACCUUGGCCUGAAGAUGAUUGCCGAUUAAUUGGAGGCGCAACAUUCUUCUUAGUAGCAUGUAACAUGAUUCUAGUAGGAUCAUUGGCCAUGUUAACAUUUUUAAGAAUAUGUAGAAAAUGGUAUAUCGACUUGGGAAAAUACGAUUAUAAAUUAUUUGCCUUUCUCAUUUCAUUAUCUUUUGUCCUUUCUAUGGUCGGAAUUCCAAGUUUUGGUUCUAGUAAAUAUUGGUGUUUCACCAAUAAAGGUAGCAUGAUAAUGCCAAUAGUAACUUUGGCCUUAAAUUUUACGAUAUUGGCAAUUACUAUAUUCUGUUACGCUAUGACUUUAAGAGAAAUAAAUUCAAUUCAAUUAAAAAAAGAACGAAAAGCAACAAGAUUUGAUACUGUUACUUCGAACAAUAAAAAGAUUGAACCUAUUGUGGUCAGAAAAAUUAUUGGUUAUGUUCUUAUUUUUAUUUUUCAAUGGACUCCUUCCAUGAUUUAUGUCUUUGGUCAAAUAAUCGGCUAUGAUGAAAUGUGGGUAUAUUUAGUAACCGAUGCAACUGUAAACUUGGGUGGUAUAGGCAACAUGAUUCAAUAUAUAAUAAACGAAGGAUGGCGUAAUGAUCCAAAUUCCAACAUUAAUGAUGAUGAACUGUCUGCCGUUAUAGUUCCUAGUCCUUCUACGAUGGAUUUGAAUUCUCCUUCUACCGCUCCUACGAUAAGUUUACCCUUUCAUCACUCAAAAAUAAAGGUUGAAGAAUUAGUCACUAUUAAAAUUGAUCCUAAAUCACGUACUAUUGUACAUGAUUCUCAAAGUGAUUAUUCUUCUUCUCCUACUAUUGUCCCUAGUAUUGCAAGUAAAGUCGAUAUUUUAAAAAAUCAACGAAAAGAUGAUAUAUUAAUGAAACAACAACAUAAAAUCAUUGUUAAACAUAAUGAUGAUGUUAUAAGGCAUGGUGGUAUGAUAGCCAGGCAAACUAGUACCACUAAAGAUACUGAACAAACUUUAAAAACUUUUAGAAAAAGUAUGAAAAAAAAUAAGAACAAUAGAAAUGAUACCGUAAGUUGGCACAGAUUUGGAAGUGGUCCAAAUAGUCGUUCUUCAAUAAGAGGAUUAUUACAAAGAAAAAACACAAUCGAAAUUAUUUUUGAUGAUAAUAUUUGUAUAAUGCAUGGAUUACCUGAAGAAUCCGAUGGUUGUAAAUUAAAAGGAAAAGUAUUGUUGACUAAUAGUAAAAGAUUAAAAGUUAAAAGUUUUAAUUUUACUUUUAUCGGAAAAACAAAUGUUAACUGUGGUCCUUUUAUUUCUUCUUCAAGACCUGAAUAUAACGAAUCACAUACAUUAUGUCGAAGAGAAUGUUUAUUUCCUUCACCAUCUCAAAUUCUUCCUGGUGUCCAUGAAUUUCAAUUUGAAGUCGAUCUCCCUGGUCAUUUACCUGCUUCCUUUAAAGGAACACGUGGAAAAAUAGAAUAUUGGUGUUACGUAACCGUAGCACGUCCAAUGUUUCAUGCUGAUAUUUCAUUAAAAAAACCUGUCAUCAUUCAACGUUCUUUAUUACCUAAAGAUAUAUUAGCUUCUCCAACUACUAUACAAGAUCAUUUAACUACUUUCACCGAAGGUAUAUUAGAUGAAAAAGUUCAAUAUUCUAUUAAUGCUCCAAUAAUGGCUUUUAGGGAAGGUGGGUUGGUUUCCAUACAAUUAGUAUUGAAACCAUUAAAUUCUGAUAUAAUUUUGAAAUCUGUCGAAUACGGUUUAAAAGAACUUGUACAUUAUCAUAAAUCUGGAGCAUAUGAUGAUGUACAUGAUAUUAAUUCAACAAUAAAAGAGGAUAAAUUUCCUCUUGGAAAAAAAUUAAUUACUUUAAACAAUAAUUCUAAUCAAAUUGAUCCUGGGAAUGUGGAAAUUAAUUUUAGAUUAUGUCCAAGAAUUGGAAAUUCUUAUUCAAUUAAUAAUGAAUCUAGGACACAAUCUUUACCAGCUCCUCCUAUACCACCUCUUUCUCGUUCUGCUCCAUCAAAUAAUGAUUUUAGUUUUCAUUUUAAUAGUUUAACUCUCACUGAUACAAAUUUUAUACAAUUACCUCAUUCCGAUUUAAACUUUAUACAAAAUUCUCGAACUACUUCUACCUCCUAUCUUGAUGUAAACGUUCGUCAAUCACAAACUUCUUCUGAAUCAUCUUUUAGUAAUCCAAUUUUAAAUAAUUCCAAUGAUCAUUAUAUUGAAUCAUCACAACAUAUUGGUUUCAAUAAUCAUACUAUUCAAAAAGAAAUAAUUUCUCAUAAAAAAGAAUUAUCCUUGGAAAUUCCAUUAAUCAUAACUACAAAAUCAAGUUAUAAUUAUUAUUCAACUAGAAUUAGUGCUAGAAGUAUGAGUUUGAGAAGUGAUAUGGGUAAUAAUUUAUUAAAUAUUCAAGAUUAUGGAAGUUCCCCUCCUUAUUCUAUGUUAGAAGAACCUCCUGCUUAUAUGUAUGCUGCUUUAGUUCCUCCUCCUCCUCGAUAUAAUCAAAGUUAA